GUUGCUUUUUCUCUCCAUAACCACCACCUCAUACCACGGCCUUAUUAGUUAUUACUUUACCUCUUUUCAUUCCGCAUUCAACCAAACAAAGAAGCCGUAUCCAUGGAUAGGCUUCUAUCUUCUUCCCCUUCUGUCCCUUCCCUUCACACCAAUCUCAGACCUUCUACUCUCCUCCCAAGAACCCUACGAUUUGAUUCUUCCAAAAGAUUUAAUUUUUCCCCUUCACCGCGCUGCCAAUUCAAGUGGGUCUCCUCCAUUUCCUCCAAUCAUGAAAACCCUUCCUCUCUAUUAUUCUCUUCUUCUUCUGCACCCUUCUCGGAUGAUUUACCCGAUAGAUCCAUCCCCGAAUCUCGAAUCCUCACUCAGAACACUCCGGAUGAUUCCAAAAAGCCAAAGGCAAUAACAUCCCGGACAUUUGUGAUACUAUCUGCUCUGGUUUUGUUCUUAAUCCAACCAGCUUUGGCACCAGCUGCUUUUGCAACCUUUCAAGGUGCUGCCAAAACUGGUGGUCCUGCCGCUGCUGCGGUUGGUGGAAAACUAAUGCGCACUGAGCUCUUAAGUAGUGCUUGGACUGGUUUCUUUGCUGGUUGCUUGCACACUCUAUCAGGGCCUGAUCAUCUUGCCGCUUUGGCUCCGUUGUCAAUUGGCCGUACCCGAAUGGAGAGUGCUGCUGUUGGAGCACUUUGGGGGUGUGGCCAUGAUGCUGGUCAGGUUAUCUUCGGCUUGCUAUUUUUGCUACUAAAGGAUCGACUUCACAUAGAAAUUAUUCGAACUUGGGGCACCAGGGUUGUCGGAAUAACACUGCUAGUGAUUGGUGCUAUGGGAAUCAGGGAAGCUUCGGAAGUGCCUACCCCAUGUGUUGCCUUAGAGAAUGGUGAAUGUGAUGUCAGUGCCUAUGAAUCACUUGAUACUCCUACGGUUGGAAAGAAGAAGAUUGGUUUUGCCACUUUUGCCACUGGAAUAGUUCAUGGACUGCAACCAGAUGCAUUGAUGAUGGUGUUGCCCGCUCUUGCUUUGCCGUCGCGUGUGGCAGGUGCUGCAUUUCUCAUCAUGUUCUUAGUUGGAACUGUAGUAGCAAUGGGUAGCUACACGGUAUUUAUAGGUUCAUGUAGCCAAGCACUAAAAGAUAGAAUACCUAGAAUAACUGAGAAGCUCACUUGGGCUUCUUCCCUUGUAGCUAUAGGCCUUGGGUGUGCCAUUAUCAUUAGCCAGUUUUUCGGGUUCAGCCUGUACUAAUACAUCACUUAGCACUUAGCAGCAAGGAACCUUUUGAUUAUUAUGAACAUUGUUUUGUGGUGUCAAGAUAAAAUUAGGGUGUCUUCUGGAGCAAGAUAAUUAUCCACGCAUCAAGUGAUAUUUGAGUUUGAUUGUUAUAAAUGUUAUUUUUCUAAGCUUCUGAGUAUUGGAUGUA